GGAACACGCGGUGGCCGUGAUCGCUUCUCAUGGCAGGAUGUCAAGGAAGACCAUCGUCAUGCGAGUCACUACCUUGGCGCCAGUCUCAAGGCGCCUAGCGGUCGAUGGGCAGCCAACAAGGAUCUCGAAUGGUUCAGCAAGCCUGGCACAGGCACAGCGAAGAGUGCAGAUGAGGCAGGCGAGAAGCAGGCAGAGGCGAGACGUGCAGAGAUUCUGCGCAUCAAAGAAGCAGAAGCUGACGCAGUGCUCAGAGCAUUGGGUAAGCCUGUGCCUGACAGG